ACAGCUGUCCUUCAUGACAACAGAAGCCACAGAAAUCCUCCUCAUCAAAAACAUGACUUUGAUCUCCGUCCUCAUCUGGACUCUCCUCUGCUGCUGCUUCACAGAGUCCAGAGGCCAGGUCACAGUGACUCAGCCUGGAGCAGUGAGCUCUGCUCUGGGAGGCUCCGUCUCCAUCAGCUGUAGGACCAGUCAGAAUGUUUAUGUUUCGAGCAACAAGCACCUUUUAUCCUGGUUCCAACAGAGAGAUGGAGAAACUCCUAAACUCCUCAUUUACUUUGCUAGCACUCGAGCAUCAGGGAUUCCAGGUCGUUUUACAGGCAGUGGAUCAAACUCUGACUUCACUCUGACCAUCAGUGGAGUCCAGACUGAAGAUGCAGCAGUUUACUACUGUCAGAGUCGUCACUACAUCAACAGUCAGUGGUUGUGGACUUUUGAUGGAGAACAUGAUCCCCUACAAUUUGCCCACCGGGCAGGUAAAGGUGUUGAGGACGUCAAGCUCUUCAUCCUCAGAGGGACCCAAACGCAGGACAAGGACAUGGUAGUGUUGGUUAAGAAAGAGGUUUAUUGUAGGAAGGAUACUCGUCUUGGAGCUGAUGACAGGGAAUGGUAUCUGAUGGCAGCAGGGGAGAGAGAGGGUGAUGGAGGAGUGUGGCUGGACGUGGGCGUGGAGAGAGUGGAAGCAUGGCUGACAGGAAAACAAACAGGCAGGCAGGAAAGAGAUGAUCCUAGGACACAGGAGCAAUACGGUGAGUACAGGCUGGAACACAGAAACCCGUUCUCAUUUCUCAGUGUGUUCCGCCUCGAUUCCUCUCCUCGCUCCUCUCCUCGCGUCGUAGUCCCUCCCACCUGA